GUGAUCAGGCUGUCAGCGGUAAUUCACUUCCAAGUAAAUGCCACCGGGAAAUGCCAGUGAAAUGAUUUUUCUUGGGGCAAUUUUAACUUGGCUAAAUUGACGCUGGCGCGGCGGGCGCGACAUCUGCAUGCAUGACUUGGUUUGCUGCCAUCUGCGUCAGCCACAGUCCAUUGUUUUGGUACACGCGCGUCGAUUGAACGUCCAAUUUUUAUCGUCGGAUGCUGAUCGCAAUCCGACAUCAUCAUGAAGCUAGUCAGAUUUCUUAUGAAGCUCAGUCAUGAGACUGUCACCAUUGAACUCAAGAAUGGAACGCAAGUACAUGGGACAAUCACAGGUGUUGAUGUCAGCAUGAACACUCACUUAAAGUCAGUCAAACUCACACCAAAGAACAGAGAAACGCAGCAGCUGGAAUCUCUCAGUAUCCGUGGCAACAACAUCCGGUAUUACAUUCUCCCUGACAGCCUCCCCCUGGAUCAACUGCUUGUAGAUGACUCUCCCAGAGAGAAGAUGAGGAAGAAGCAGCAAUUUGGAUCAAUGGGAGGAAGAGGACGUGGACGAGGAGGAGGAAGAGGUCGAGGGCGUGGUGGGCGUGGUAGGGGCCGUGGUGGAGGAGGAGGUGGAAGGAGAUAAACAUAGUACUUCACAUCGCAUAUGUACCUUUUGUCCUGAAUUGUUGUAUAAAUCAUGGUUUGUAGCCUUCUAUUCCCUUAUUGUUCCCAUAAAACUCUUCAUGAAUACUUUCUGCCCAAGAAUAUGAAUCCUUGAUAUGUUUCGAUGAUGGUAGAUGGAGAUCAUAUAAUCACUGUUUUUGGGGGGAGGUUUAUUCUGUAAAGCAAACCAGGCUUCCUGAUGAGGGAUUGCGAAGUAUAGAGACUGUUGAUGGGUGCAAAGCAGCUGCAUGUGCUUUUUCAUUCAUUCACCAGAAUUCAAAUACAUAUAUUAAUAAGUCAGAGAACCUUUGUAGGGAAGAAACAUUUUCAGAUGAUGUAAAAUCGUGGGAAGAGUUUCAUGAAGCGGAGUUGUCAGUGAGGUUUGCUCUCAGCCAAUCAAAUGCUGGGAUUCCAGUCGCUCAUAAAAGUUGUGAGUGAAUAUCACUGACCAAAUGCUUCAUGAAACUGUCCCUUUGGCUCUCAUCUCUUAUACAACUGUGACUGUUAUUUCAGUAAUAUUGAAAUGUUUUCUUUGAAAAUAGCACUUAUUCUUGUAUUCCGAGGCAUGUUUUAGCUUUGAAACCCUUAGCACAUAGUGUAAAAGUGAUUCAAUAUUGCAGUUUUCAGAAAUCUGUGAGUAAUGUUUCAUAAAUCUGCAGAAUUAAGAGGGAUGAUAUUUGGAAACAGAAUUGUUUGAUGAUGAAUGUCUUUGAGUACUUAGAAAAUGUAGCCCUGAUCAGUUUAAUUGAGGAUUACCCGCCUCGGUUUGGUGGAAUGAAUGAUAAUUUCUUUUGAGAAAGAAGUACAUACAAUGUUGCCAUCAUAGAAAGUUGUACCCAUUGAAGAAGGUAUUGAUACACUGGCAGUGGUGUAGUCUGGGUAGUAUUUUGAAGGAAAUUUUCGCGGAUUAGUAAGGCACAUGAAAUCCCAAGACAUUUGAUAUGCCGCAACAUGCAAUUUAGCUAUGUGUAUUCCAGUUACAAGCAUCACAUAAAUGUGUUAGCAACUACUCAGUGAUAUACCAAAGAAAUUGCAUGGGUGGUAAAAACGCUGUCUUAAAAUUGAUUGAGCACUAUGGUAUUAAAGAUGCCCAGUGGUGGAAUGUCUCGGGAAGUGGACGUCUGUUUGUGUCAUUACAUUGUGCAGACAAGAAACUCCUCUUAUUCCCAUUAUUGUGACAUUGUUGGUAUAUUUCCAAUCCUUCCUCGACUUGCAUAUUUAUUCUAUCAUGAAAAUAUGUGGAAGAUAUUUUUUAGAUAGUGAAUAGGGGAACGGGUGAACAUUCCAUUGUAAAUAUGUAACUUUAAUGUUUAUAAACCUUAAUCAAAUAGGGCGUACCCGUUUUCAAUAUCUGUCUGAUACCUGCCUGUACAUGUAUGCUGCAGUUGCACCAAUGAAUCGACUCUAGACCUGUCAAAGCUAUUAAGUUAGUUUGAGAAUUGCAUAUGAUUGGUCGGUUUGGUGUUGCUUUCAUUUGUGUGACUAGCAUCGUCCCGAUUCAUACCUUUAUUUAAUUUUUUAUUAUCAAUGACAAGGUACAUGCUGCUGUUAUUAACUACUGAAGUCCUGCAAUUUGGUUGGCUGAGAGCAAAGUUGUGAUAGAUGUGCAGCAUUUGAUAUUGAUAAAGUGAUAUGUGAAACAGGGCCUCUAGUCCUUGGGGUUUGAGAUGAAUCAGAAGGUAUUUUUGUACAUUUGUUUUCUGCUGGUUAAUCAUGACAUUCUUUUGUACCGUUUUCAUAGUAAUUGUGUUGUAUUGCUCCUUGAUUAAAGCUGUUGUUCAUACAUAUUUUGAAAUAAAU